GUUACUUUGAGAUUUCAAUAUCAGAAACUCUUUCUUUUUGGAGAUGGAUUUAUUUCUUCCAGUGUUCUUCUAUACAGCCAGGUCCGAGUAAGAUCAAUUCUUGGAUUUCCAGAGCUUCAUAUGAUAUCAAUCUUUCAUCUAAUCGCUCUUUUGAACGUCAUCCUCAAGCAACAUUAACUGCCAUGCAUAUCAGAUAUCACAUUCAGACGCGAAACGCGUCUCCUAUCAGGACCAAUCAAGACCGCCGGGGCCCACAAGUACUAUACCUUUCCUUGAAAUAUCCCAUCGGCAUGUGAGAAAGUUUAUUCACACCUCUAAAUUCUCGCCAGUGAAGUGCGCCGAUGGAUACCAAUUCUCCUUCACAGUGCAAUGCACUGAAUGUGUCUGAUGAGAAACGCUGCUUGGAGACUGCUACAUCUAUAAAUGGUCUUUUUUGUAGCUUCCACUCCAAGCAAUGUCAAGGUAUUAUACCACAAAAACGUCCCGAAAAGUUCAACAGUUUCUAACAAUCUUUAGGUCUCUAUCGUGGAUACAAAAUUCGCACAGCUCGACUUGAACGCCUGGACAACAGUCCUCCUCUGUACUUUGCUAAUUCGAAAACUGCCCUCGGCAAUGAGACGUUUGAGGAUGUAACAACAGAAGCAGAAUGCAAGGAACUUCACGAGUGGCUAUGGACGAAAUAUCAAUUACUGGAAAGAGUAGUAAGGGCGAGAAGGUUGCAUCAUAGUAGAUUCUUCAGUCAGAACAUGGACUAUGGGCAUGUGAAAUUUUUGGAUCAGCUCAUGAACCAGAAAAUAUAUGUUACCAAGGCUUUAGAACGACUCGAGAGAAGAACUGCUGAGGUUUGUCAACUUUUGACAAAUACCAUGGACUUUGCGCUAAUCAAUUCUUCGCAGAUCUUGUAUAGAAAUCAACAAUGGUUCCAAUGGGUACGAGAAUGCCAGGACGACGAGGAAGCAAAUCGAGAAAAGGAGCAAAAGAAGAUAAAACAAGAAGCACAGUUAUGGCAAAGAAAUUGGAAGCAAGCAAAACAAAGAAUGGAGGAGAAAAUGAGAAGGGAAGAGAAGAAAAAGCAAGAAACUUUCCUGGAGAAAAUUUAUAAAGAGAAGAUGAAAGAGGUAGAGGAGAAUGAGGGUACGGAUGAUGAUAUGGAGUGGGAUCCUAUUGAAGAUGAACUGGAGGAUGGAAGAGGGAACUUUAUAGGUAUGUUGAUUUCAAUCUACAAGUUACAUAUGCAAACUUGAAAAGAAGGACUUCACAUUACAUGCUCACUCGACACAAACUGACCAUAUAAAAGAUCUCAUGCGACAUUUUUUAUGGAUGUCCUCGGAAGAAGAACUUAAAACCGAAGAACCAAAAAUUGAAAAACCGCCCUCAAAUGAAAUAGACAAGAAUGAUUUAGUCGAGAAUAAUGUAGAAUCUCAAGAACCAACCAUUAACACAAACGAUAUUGACGAGCUUGUAGCCCAAAUUGAGUCCUCUACUAUAUCCAAAAAGUCGAAGAAGAAAAAGAAGAAGAAUGGAGCAGCUACAACUGCCACUCCUUCCCAGACGGCCAAGGCAAGUAAACCGACUGCCAAAUCACAAGAGCUCCCUGAUAAAUCUCUCAUCGAAACCCGAAAGGACAUACAUCAUAGGUUGGCUCAUGGAAUCAAAAUUGACCUUGGUCAUGUUCAUGGGGUAAUGGUGACUGGUACGGUAGAGAACCCUCACGUUCAAAAAACGACCCGGACCUUUACAGAAUUUGAAAUUCAACGACUACUCGGAGAGAUAUCAGAGAUCAAGCACUUACUGUUAUGUCGGUUAUUGCUUGGGCACGCUGCGUUACUACCAGCAGCUCUUCGCUCUGAUAGCAUCGAGGCAUUCUUUGCAGAUGUGGAAGUGACUGGUAUGGCCCUGAGAGAUGUUUGUCUCAAAAUGGAGAGACCUAGCCUCCAAGAAAUCCGCGAUGCAUGCGCAGAUUUCUUUCGAUCCGGAGAAGAAGCAGAAGAGCAAAAUGAACGGGAGGCUCCAAACGAUGACGCUCAUGGUCACGAAGACGAUGAAGCUGGCCUUGCUGACCCUUAUGACGUGAAGAUGAGGUUGACAAAGAAAAAGCGCGGCGAUUUACCUGGGACAUGGCGUUCAAAGCGAGAGGUUUCCCGAGAAAAGGCGGCUGAAGGUAUGCUUGGGAUGAUCCCUGGAAUGGAUUCAUCCAUGAAAAACAUCAUGGGGGUUGAGGAAGGGGGUGCGAUUGAUUUUGGUAAUUCUAAUAGCACUCGGAAAGUACGCAAGAAGAUCCGCGUAAAGAUUUGUGGUAGGACGAUAUGGAAUUAUCCCAGUGAUAAAGCAAUGAGUCGUGGAGGGUGGUUGCAUUUCUCCAUCAUUGCGAAGGAUAGUAACCUCAAUACUGCAAUCGAGCUUUGUCGGAAUUGGGAAGAGUUUUUUGAGCUAAAUAUUUUGGCUUGCUGGGGUUACUUCCCUGCGUCAAAUUGGGCGUCAUGGGUUGGAAAUCGGCUGAAGCAACAAGCACUGCAACUGGUGAGUCUCGUUGUGCUUACUUGUGGUUGGUCAACUAAUGAAAUAAUGCCAGGGCUUCAUCAUGUACUACGAAAGUUCAGACCCGGAUGCCAAGGAGCUCAGUGUCAGCUUUUCACAGGGAGGUCGUAGCAAACAAACCCGACGUCAACAUGCUAUAUUCCAAGCAAGAAACGUGAUUUGUGCCCAUAUUAAACGAGACGAUCAAACGAGUCGCCGAUUCAUUCAAUAUCUGUCCAUGCAAAGUCAUCGUCUGGUUUUACUUGUUAGAGAUGCUGAAAGUGGUAAGUUAUUAGUAAAACCUCCAGAAGAAGAGCGGUGGCUAUGGCGAGAGAAGAGUGGUCUUGGACGGGCUGUCAAAAAUGUCUGGAACGUUUUGAAAAGAAUUGGACCUGAAUUUUUCGAGGAAAUGGAUCGUCAUCGAGAGUGGAACUUUUCCUUCAGAGAUUAUUAUGAUAUUUAUGUUUGGGAUCUCGAACCUGGAGAAAGCUUGGCUGGACUGUAUAAUACUGUUCAGCAAGUAAGUUAACCCCUUGAGAGAACUUAUCAACCCCUACUAACUGAGCUCAGAUGCAUAUCAAAGCACUUCGAUGUGGUAAGGGUAAAGACUUAUACAAACCAGCGGCGUCUAUAUUGAAGACGCUGUACCGUGAUGAAGACCACCAUUACAGAGAUGUUAGACCGGGAGAUCAAGAACAGUUCACAAACCAAUGGGAUUAUCUUCAAGAUGGGAGAUCAAAAUUCUUCUAUGGCGAUAUCGGUGGACCGAAUCAGCCAUCGACUGAACCAACAGACUCAUGGCCGAGCAAUCUCUUUUAUAAUCAGGCAGAUGCUCUGGAAGAUGAGGUAUUAUUCCCCGAGGAGCGAGCCCACGAGGCACCUAAUGCCCGGGUAUCUGUUGGUAAAAAGGAUUCAUUGAGAGCAUUUGAGGAAGAAGACUUUUCCAUCAAGAGAUUCGUCGAAGGAACCUGGAAUUGGGAAUCAGAAGAUUCCGAAGAUGAUUCUCAUGGAAGUGCUAUCGAUGAUGAAUUCGAAGAUGUGGAUGACGAUGAUAAUGAUGACCUCUUUCCGAAAGAUUUUCCCAAGGAACUUUGGCCAGUUGUACACAGACUUGCAGUCGAGAAGACCCACAAAGAUGAAUUUCCUAAUGAGGAUUUGGAGGGAGAGUUUAUGAAGUUCAUUGAGAAGACAACAUCGAGAAGUAUGAUUCCGGCCCUCCUUUCACACUUCCAAGCAAAACUAACUUCUUGAGCAGAUUUUAAAAAAGCUUGGCAUCAAGCUGACUUUACUCCCCAUGGGCAAGAGCGCUAUCUAGAAAUGAAGAAAAUGACCCAUAAAUCCUGGAAAUAUAAUCGUUCUCGAAGGCCCUUCUUCAAAGGAUCUUCAACCGUGCUCACUUUUGAGGUGAUGGGUUGGCUCAAGGUCACAGCUGACGAGGUGAAAGAUGCAGAGAAGGCGCUGGCUAAAAUAUACCCAUUUUUUAACCCUGAAUUUCUGAAUUCCGAAGAGGGAAAGGCAUUCAAAAACUCUUUAAUGUUCAAUCAAGAGGAGCGAGCCAAGAUUUAUCCAGAUAUUAGAACAGACACAUCUACAAUCCGUCAGCCCAAAGAAUUUUACGCCGAUCUCGACAAGUAUCGAAGGCAAAUGAAGUUCACGGAUGAUUACGCAACAUUCCCCCUUGAAUGGGAUAUGACAAUUCGACCUAUUAUUGCAAAACGUAAGCACGCACUCCUUUCCUUUAUCCUCAAAGUCACUAACAGACCCUUUUGCAGUUUACAAGUCUGGUAUCAUUCGAAGUCAUGCAUCGACAGAAGCCAGUUGCCAAGCAUUUCAGGGUACAGAAUCCAUUCGUCCUUCCAAACCUGACCUCUUCGUCGAUUGGCGCACGCUUAUUCCUGACCUCGAAAUGCCAGGCUGGAUGGAAGAUCCCUCUAAAGUACCGCCGCUCUUAAGUACUGCCAAGAAGUUCUCAACUUCUCACCCCAAUGCCAAAUUCGCUCUACUUCGCUUAUGGAGUGCUCCAUAUUUCUAUCCCCUAACAGUUGGUCACGAUAAACGUGAUGGAUUUACCUUCUAUGAUUCAAAAGGGCGCAUGUUCACUUGGUUAUUUGUUCCAAAAGAUCUGCCGAAUUCAGAGUUUAGUGUGCAUGUUACGUGUAAGAAUCGGAUAGAACCCUUUAAGAAACAAUUCGGGAAUAAAGUGGUGCCGAAGAGAGAUAAAUAUUUGGUUAUGGCGUCGGAUGAGAAAGAACUAGCGAAGAUUGUGGCGGGAGUUACUUUUGCGGUUCAGAUGAGACCGUGGAGACAGGAGGUGGAUUUGUGGAGAAGUUUUGUUAAUGUUGAUUUGAAGUUUUUGGAGGGCUUGGAUGAGAGAUGGUGGGAAUGAGGGAGUGAGAUUGUAGGGAAGUAUGGAUGGGGUAUGAUGCGUGUAUGUGAUGAAAUGUUAGAUUAGUGAUUGAAGGGCAACGUUGGAGCUUUGGGAUAUACUCUAGAUGGCAUCAUACUAUUCGAGAGACGAGAAGUACACAAAGUUAGCAAGGAAGCAUAGCUCAUAUUUUAAAGCCAUUUAUUUCAUCGA